AUAAUUGUGUAAAAGUAAACAUCAAUUUUCAUUUAUGUAAGGGCAGGGAAUAAUUACUCCCCUCUUCAAAGUUUUCUGUGUUAUUUUAAGGAGUAAUAUAAUGUCCUUUGAGAAUCUUUCAUUCUUAGAGCUUUUUUGUUGCACAGAGUUAGAAAAUGAGAAACGACUUUGACUUGUGACAUGACGAAACAGUAAUACAUCUCUUCACGGUUUAAGUUGUUCGCUCAUUUACUGUAUUGAAAAAAAGAAGUUACCAUAGCCCCGGGUUAACCCAAGUCAUGUGAAGAGGGUCAUUAAUAUACCCCGUCCAACCCAUGCUAGCAUGGAAAACGGACGUUAAGCCGAGAAUGAUGAUGAUGAUGUGAGGGAAAUUGGGGAUAUGGCACACUGUGUGGGCAGUUGGAUGUUGCAGGGAGUUUUCUGGUAGAGCGCGGGAACCUAAUUGGGUCUGCGUAUAGCUCAAAAUGAGCAUUAAAUAGUGUAGGACUCCCCAUCUAAGCCGUAUCCCCUCCUGGACAUAAUAGAUAAGGUAUACCCCUUAAAAUUUGUGGGGCUAGCCAUGUAAGAUAUGCACAUCUAUCUAUAUGCUUUAUUACACAAAUAUAUAUUGCCACAAUGUUAUUUUAACAUUUUGCUCUACUUAAGUAAACAAUUGAUUGACAUAACCCUGGGUGACGGAAAAGAACUCAGUCCAGUUGAUGGACAAAAUAGUUUUAGUUUAUCAUAAAAAAACAAACAAAAAAGAAAAUCAUGUCAACAUAUGUAAACUCUUUGCGUUACCAAACACUAUGCCAACAACGAAAUAAACACAUGUUGUUACCAUCAAUUCGCCAUACUGGGCAUGUUUAAAAACCUAGACUGAUAAUACUGCCGAUCCUUUCCCUGGCACUGCUGAUCCUUUCCCCUAUUCAAGAGUGGUUGUACAGUAAUCAGUUUGUUGCAUAUUGAUAUGGUUGGCAUAAAACACUAAAGUUGGUCAAAUUUUUCCCUAUUUCCCAUAUUACUUAAGUAUAAUUUUCAGCAAUGUUAUGUUAGGUAGGUCAGGUUAUGUCAAACAAUUAUUUUAAGGACAACCUUGAUAUGCUCAUAAAUUAGCAUAAAUCACCCACUCUAUUUGGUGGUGAGUGAAAAUAGAUAACAUGACCAUUCAUGACAUUUAGUAAAAAUAUUUUAUUAAAACUUGUUUUGUAAAUGCUUUUUUCUAUUUUGUUUAAGAACAUAAAUAUAUUAUUAGAACAUAAAAUUAUAAAUGUGGCAUCUAGUUGGAAAAAAUAGCAAAGCCAGAUGGCCGAUGAUUUGAUUUUCCCGCCCAAUGAUCCUUUCCCUUUGGUGGGUGAUCUCAAUGAUGAUGUUUUAUCAACUGAUAUUAAUCCCGCUUUUCCACAGUCUGAACUUUUAAAUAUUCCUCAAUUGGUACCACCUAUUAUAUCUCCAAGUGAAGAUCGCACACCUUAUACUCCCAUCAGUCAACUUAUGAAGCAAACAGAACAGCUAGCAGCUACACUUGACCAACCUUUAAACAGUAACGCUAAUGAUCAAUUGAAUUUCAGUCACUUGCAGAAUAAUUCUUCACCAAACCAAUUUUUGGGAAACAAUAUACAAAAUACUUUGUUAAAUAAUAACAGUAACUUGUUAAAUACAUCAAAUCAUAUUUCAAGCGCAGCCAAUACGCAAUGUUUAGUUGUUGGUGGACAACGAAUUCAAAUUCCUCCGCAACAAAGUCAAAACGAAAAUAUCCCAAAUCUUAAUGUGGUUAACUCCACAAACACAAACAUGUCUGCUAAGCAAAUAAAUCCUGAACUUCAAUCAGUUAAGCAACAAGCUGUGAGUAGUAACAUGGAUGGCAAUUCAAAACAGUCUGUCAUGUUAAAAAUGCCACAAAACUCACAACUCAAAGGACAAAUAGUUAAAACUGCUGAUCAACGUUUGAUGUUUGUGACAGAAGUGAAUGGUAAACGUGUGGGUUAUAUAAUUCAGCAGGCAAAACCACCGAAUGCCACUCAACAAACUGCACAACCAUCUGUUGAAAAGAUUAAUAUAUCACAAUCAACAACUAUAUCAAAUAACGUCUUUCAAUCUGCUAUGCUCCCAACAAAAUCUGAAACACUUUCACUUGAUACAAACUUGCAUCAACAAAAUUUAAAUAACAAUGGACAAUCUUCACCAGAUGCUGUAAGUAUUAUUAAUCCAGUUGUAACAAAAAAAGAAUAUACAAAAGCCUUAAAAGAAAAACUCCAAAAUUUACGAAAUCCUACCAAAACCCAAAAUUUUAAGUUUUUGCCUUCGUUAAAUAAAACAUUAGGAGAAAAAAUUAUUAACACUGGUGUUUACGAUAGUGAAAAGAAAAUUCAAGUUCACCCUGUAUCGCAAAUUGUUAACACGUCAGUGAGUAGUGUUAUCAACGAUUUUGAUACAAUUAUGAAAGAUGAACAAGAAAUGGACGUUGAACAAAAUGACGAUGAAGAGGGCCAAGAAAUUGAAUUUAGUGAAAAUGAUUUGACAGGAGAAUUUAACGAGAACUCAAAUGAUUCUUUAAAAAGUCCAGUUGAUGAGAAUAUGUCACAAAAUAAUGAUGAGGAUAUUACUAACUUCAUUCCAAGGAGAAGAACUAUUAGUACUGAUGAUGAUGAAGAUUCUUUGCCUUUAUCACAAUUAAAGCAUGAGUCAGAAAAUGCAGUGCCAGGACUGAGUAUUGAACCUGAGACUGUUUUCAAAAAUUCAAAGAAGGGGAAAGCAAAUACUGGAAAAGCUUCUUCAAAUAAAGCUGAACCAAAAGGGAAGAAGAAAAGUAAAUCUAAAAAGAAGAAGAAAGACGAACGAGAACCUGUAAAACCACUGUUAGCGUAUCAAGUAUUUUUCCGAGACAGGCAACGUGAAGUGAGAGUGAAGCAGCCACAGCUGACUUUUGGUGAACUGUCGAAGAUUGUGGCACAUAUGUGGGAAGUGCUGGAUGAAAGUGAGAAAAAGGUGUACCAAGAUACAUACAGCACUGCAAAAGCUGAAUACGAUGUUAAGAUAAAAAAUUACAAAGAUUUAAUUGCUAAGGAAGUUGCAGAGAAUACGUCUAUGCACUCCCCACCUUUUAAUGAUGAGCAAACUCAGGAACCCGCAUCUCCCAAAAAAACAAAGAAGACAAACACGAAGAAGAAGAAAAAAUCGCCCGUGCGCAAGAAACCACCUGUUACCAUAGAAACUAUAGAAACAACAAUCGAUCGUGAUAUGAUUGCUGAAGUGAUGGCGAGUGACGAGAUUCCAAUUGAAACUAUACUUGACAGUCCGGUAAGCCGAGAACCGAGAAGCGGAAAACCGAAAAGUUUCGCGACAGAAGAUUAUCCAAAGUCUCCUUCUCUUCCUUCGUCAGACAGUUCGUCGGAGGACGAGGAUAGUGAAAGCGCGAUAAUACGCAUGCGCCAAAGAGCAGCGGAAUUGAAAAAGAAGAUAUCCGAGGAGAAGAAAGCUGUGCAGAAGAAUAAAACUAAGGAGAAUACGAAACGUGGACGACAAACUAAAAUGGAGGUGACGACGAUCUCUAUGAUUGAAGAAAUUGAACCAGUGAAAGAAGUGAAGAAGCCCGUACCAAAAAAAGUUGCUCCGGAACCCGUUGCGUCGCCACCUCCAACAGUCAGUAAAAGUUCUUUUAAAAUUCCAAAAAAAUCAACAACAGAGAAUGGACAGCCGAGUGGUCCACGUUUGUGUGCUCGUACUUCAUGUAACAAGCCAGCUAAAAUAACUCGCGAAAGAGGAGGACAGUAUUGCAGUAACGAGUGUUUGGUUUUGUAUUGCAGGGAGGUCUUUGAUUCUUGGGUGAUAGAAAGACAAGCUGAAGAAGCAGUCACGUGACAACUAAAGAACGAAAAAACAUUGCAAUUCACAACCUACGAAUGAAGUCCAAAAUGUAUAAAGUUGACUCGAAAUCGAGUACAAAAAAGAGACUAAAGAGCUGCACAGCUCAGAAAGACAAUUAUUAAAUAGACCCGUUUUGAAGUUAUUUCUUAACUCAAUAGCGGUGUUAAAACAUACACAACUUACCUAAACAUGGGUCGGUUGAUUUUUUCUGUUGUUGCAGGAAAAUUUGUAAUUCAGUUCACCGGAUUUCGUCAUUCUUGAAACAACGUGCGUUUAUGGUUGCUAUUAGUAACUUGAUAAAAAAACACAGUAUUUGAAUGUAUUUUAUACGCGAGGAAAAUUUAUAGUUUGUAAAAAUGUACAGAUUUUAUACAACCAGUUUGUCAAUGACAUAUUUUUGCGAAAUACUACAAGAAAGAUAUUUAUUUGAACAUCAAAAACAUUCUCCUAGAACUACCCUACUACUCCAUUAUUUUCUGUCAAAGUUGCUUGAAGACUAUCCCGUAAGUGGCGAUAUUUUUACGAUUUCAUGAUCGUUUCAGUAGCUGUUAAAAGAGCAUACUUUUUGUUUCUGUGUGUUUCGUGAUACGAAGGAAAGCAGGCUGUGACAACGUACGUUUUUGUGGUUUUUUAAUUCGCAUAAAAAGAUAAAAUUUCUGUCAAACUAUAUCAGUUCACCGUUUGAUUGAUCAGCGAGCCUUGUUGCGAAACUCGAUUAGUAAAAUAUGUGGGACGAAAUGGUUGUAUAAUUUCAAAUUGUGUUCUUAUAUUUUCAUUUGUAAUGAUCUGUUACAAGGUGAGACAGCAUAAUAAAAAUAUAUAUAGGUA